AUGGCCCAUUGGCACUCGUUACCUGCCGAGAUCCGCUGGAUGAUCUUGGAGACCCUCAUAGCGCACAAAGGGACCGCACACUUGGCUUCCGUCUCCAAUGAAUGGCGAACUUUCAUUGAACAGAGGACCUUUUCUCAUAUCAGACUUCACCCCGAGUGUCUCGACCGCCUCGAACAGCUCAACGACCACUAUAAAGGGCUGAUUAAGCAUCUGUGGCUCAAUAUAAAGCUCAAUGGAUAUACCUGUCGAGCAUGCCGAAAGAGAGAGUCAAAAACAUUGUCAUAUUCCAUUGCAAGAAUCCUGAGAGAAGCCAUCACUAGGCUAUUCUCCGUCUUGAUAACCUGGAGGGAGCCUUUGACUCUGGAACUUAAUGUUUACUGUCCGAGCGACUCGCAGCACUGGUUAAAGAAUAGUUACUUCGGAGCUCCUGGCGAAGAUAAAUUCGAGUGUCAAGAGUCUAGUGACGAUCCCAUCCACGAUCCCGAUCACGGGUGGUUUGAAGGUACUAUCACUGAAGCGCCUCCAGACGAUGCUCUACGACGCCCUUUUGGACUAUCUGAGUUGAGAUUUCGGGAGAGUCUCCCUUCGGUCAAUGCCGUGACUAAAUUUGUCUUACGCCGCCAGUGCCGUCAGCAACUCAAUCCUGAAAUUUUACAGUAUCUUUGGUCAAGGUUGCCAAACCUGGAGGAGAUCAGCUACGAACCGUGGCAGUCACACAUGAACGCAGUACAGCAAGUCUCGGAUAUAGGCAAGUAA